AAAAGAAUGGAUAGGACAUGCCUAUACUCACUCCACAGCGUGCCGCGGUCUUUUUUGGGGAAGAGAGAGCUACAAGAGAGACAGACGAUAACGUGCCUUUUUCAAGGUUAUGUUACAAACAUCUUUAAAUAUUAUCUAUGGAUAAGAGAUAUCUGCUUAUCACUGGAUUAUAUUAUUAUUAAAUAUUAAUGUAAAUUUAAUUAUUUUAAUUUUUAAACUUUUAUUUUUUCUUGUGAUUUUACGAAAAUUAAUUAUUUAGUCAUACAUAAGAAUAAAAAAAAAAUGGUUCAUCGAUGCGUAAUUUGCCACUCCAACUCGACUAAAAAUCCAAAUCUAAGUUUUCACCGGUUUCCAAAAGAUCCUGAAAAACGUGAAGUAUGGAUAAAUAAUUUAAAUUUAAAAAUGCAAAUAAAAGAUUGGCAUCAAAUAUGCAGCCUACAUUUUUCUCCAAUGAGCUAUGUAUUUAGCAAUGAGAGAAAAAUAUUAAAAUUUGAUGCACUACCAGUAUG